UCUUUUGCUUUUUCACCUUUUAUAUAACUUAAUAAAGCAUUAAAACACUGUAAAAGAACAACAUCAAUGGUGAGGUCUACAUAAUCAAUUCUUCUUCCAUUUGUUUUAAUUAGAAAAAAAAAAAAAAAAGAGAGAAGAAAAAGCAGAGAUACAUCACAAGAUCAAGCAGAGAAGAUCGAAAAGAUCCAGAGGGAGAGAAGAUAGAGGAGGAGCUAUAAUGGAAAAAAGCUGUCAAUCAUUUGUAAGCUCUAGCAGUAAUAGCAGCAACAAUAACAGAGAUCAUUACCUCAAGCAUCUCAAUAAAAUCUCUCACAAGAUAUCAAAAGAUCCACCAAAACCUCUCAUCAGAAGAAUUCCUCCUCUUGAUCAUCAUCUUUCCCACCAUCAUCACCAGCACCAGCAGCAACAACAUCAACAGCAACAGCAACAACAGCAAAAUCAGCCUCCGGUUUAUAAUAUCAACAAAAGCGAUUUCAGGGAUGUAGUUCAGAAGCUCACAGGCUCUCCGGCUCAUGACCGCUUCUCUACCCCUCCACCCAUCCACCCGCCCAAACCCCCAAGCUCCCGUCUCCAGCGUAUACGCCCUCCCCCGCUUGAGCAUGUUAGCCCCAGGCCUCCCCAUCCGCUAAACAACACCGUUGCUCCUAUGGCCGCCACUUCGGCUUCCUUGCCCUCCAUAAACCCCAACCCCAGCAUCAACAGCGGCAAUUUCAACAACGUCGGUAACUUUAUCGCCACCAACAAUGGGCAGCCACCAUCGCCUCUAUCACCCCUUCCACCUUUCCCGGCUGUCCAUGCAGCAGCAGAAUCACCCAUCUCUGCUUACAUGAGGUACCUCCAGGGCUCGAUAUCGGCUACAGAUCCUGAAUCAAAGCGAUUUUCCGGGUUAUCCCCUUUGGCGCCGCUUGUCUCACCCCGCUGGAAUAACCCUAGCCCAUUGCAGCUACAACAACCGCAGCUCCCCCUGCCUCCGCCACUGCCGCAGCAACAACAGGUUCUCCUUCAGUCACCGACCUCGGCAAUGACUCCUUCGCAGUUUCUGAUGCCUUUGUCACCUUUGCCUUUUGGAAGACUUCCGUCACCGCGGUCUCCAUACCCUUUACUUUCGCCAACUUUUUUAUUUUCGCCUACGGCGGGUCAGUUAGGGUUUCCUCAGUUCCCUCCAUCGCCAAGGUUGCCGGUGCCGAGUCCUAAGUGGAGAGAUUUUUAGAGGCUCAAAUUCAUAGUUUCUGGCGAAGAAGGUGAGCCUUCUUUGUCUGUAUUCAUCUUUCUUUUCCUUUGUUUUUCUUUGUUUUUUUUUUUUGUGUUUAAUUUGUACCAUGUCUGUGUCUUUGUUACUUCUGUACAUCGAGAAGUGGUUAUUCAAAUUGCCGGUUGUUGGGGGGAAGGAGAUCUAACACUGGUUAAAAUGGAUUUGUUCUGUAAAUGAAUGUUAAAACACAUAAAAACCCUAGAUUUAUUCUUCUUACUGGACAUGGUGGAGAGAAGGUUAACCCUAGAUUUAUUCUUCUUGUAAUCGUAUUCAAUGUGUUUGGUUUAUGAAUUCAUCAUUUGCUUGGAA